AGCUGGCAGGUUGUGUAAGCCAUAUCUUGGCUAGGGGUCUUAGUGUUUUCAUGACUAACACGAAUUCUGUUCCAGUAUAAGUUUUCCCAGAAUAGUUUUUAAACUACCGCAAGGCUUCUGUUUGCUCUUCCUGCAAUGGGUCAAAAGGAACAAAGGGAAGAGGUGUGACCACUGAUAUUUCCUGAUUUCCUUAUCCUUCCUUCUUUCCUUUGGGUUUUCUACUUAUCCACCUUUCCUAGUAUCCUAGUAUCUUCAACAGCUCCUCCCUUUGUACUUGUAGUGUUCUUGGCUUGUUGAGAUGACAAAAUAAAAUAUGUUGCAUCGCUUUAGAAAUAUUUGCAGGUAAAUCACCAAGCACGUUUUAUGUAUAGGUUGUUUCUCUGUGUGUUUUUUUCUAAGUGCCUUGAGGUCAUAUAUAAUAAAACGCUAAGGAACACGUUGUGUGCACAUAUGCAUACAUAUGUAUGUGUAUCUUUAAAGGCUCAAAAACUUUUUGGGUACUUUCCAUACUUGUUGCAGGUUUUGAAGCGCAGUUGGAUGUUUGUGUGUUUAAGACAAGGUGAUCUCACAAGCUAAGCUGGGUCGGCCCUGGCUAGUAUUUGGAUGGGAGACCACCAAUGAAUACUGGGGUCGCUAUGGAGAGGAAGGCAGUGGCAAACCUCUUCUGUUAGUCUGUUGCCUGGGGUUGCUGUAAGUUAGCUGUGCUUUACACACACGUGGAAGAUUUGAGGGCUGGAGCAGGAAAGGACACAAUAGCAGUGCAAAGGUGGAAGAGGCAAGGGUUUCUAUGUCCUCCAAAUUGGAUCCUGUUUUUUUUUACCUUUCUCUGGGCAUACAGCAAACCUCACUGGGGGAGUGGAGGGGAGGUAGUUGUGAAUUUCCAGCAUUGUGCAGGGGGUUGGACUGGAUGAUCCUUGAGAUCCCUUCCAACUCUAUUUCUGUGUGGAGAACAUGGAGGUAAGUAUAGGGAUUUGAAGAGGAGAGAAGUUGCCGUUGGUGUAUAGAGGUGUGAAUCAAAGGAGCAGAGGUGAGUAGGAAAAGGUACUUGUAUUCUUGUUCUUAUUGGGUGAUUCAGAAGGGGAGUUGUGUCAGUCUGUAAUGGCAGAAGUAAACAGAAGCCAGUGGCACCUCAAAAGCUAACAAUAACACUUAUUCUAGUGUGAGCUUUUGUGGGUCAGCUUAUUUGGAUUAUGAGGACAUCAGUAUUAGUUGUUUACUUCGUUAAUUGGUUUUCCUCAUUAAUGCCCCAUUUUUCAUCCCAAUGGGAAGUCAAAGUGGUUUGCAACAUUCUCAUUUCCACAUCAAUCCUGUGAGGUAGACUGGACUAGUGGGCAUGACUGGUCCAAAGCUUCCCAGCAAGCUUCAAUGGCAGAGUAGGCAUUUGGACUUCAGCCACCCAGAACCUAGUCCAACCCUAACCACUAACCACUACACUAUGCUAUUAAAUUUGUAUGAGGUAGCAGGUGCUUUAUAGGAGUUAUCACUUUCAUGGGAUUGGGGCUUUAGGGAAGUUUGGAGUUGAUACAAGUGUCUGUAUCUGAAUGACUGUUUAAAAAUUCAGGAUUGGGAAUUUGGCUUCCUUACCUUUGUAGGCUUGCCAUUUGCCUUCUUCUUGGUGGGGGCAGUCUGCCAGCUGGCCAGCCCUCCAAACUGCCAUUGUGUCUGAGCCUGCAGGAGACAUGUGGGGAGCAGAAAUGAUGCUCUGCAACACAUCAGUUUCAGCAUAUUGUGCAAUAUCAUUUCCACCCCUUGCCCUGUCUCCAGUGCUCCCAGGUGUCCAAAUUGAUGGCCUGGCAAGAUCUAGCAGCUAGCUUUUGUCAUCCUGGCCUACAGUGCUACUGUCAGUUCUGAAUGAGAAAACCGCUCCUACACAUUUCUGUUGGACAAGUGCUGCUCUGAAUGAUAAACAUGAUAAUGUGGUACUUGUUUGUUAGUAGGGCAGUGGUACUUCAGAGGGUUUCAAGUCUUUUCUCUUUGUUCAGUUGUUCCUCACCACAAUCACCUUUCAGUCUGAGCUGUGGAUGAAACAGCAUGCUGAGCUGUUUGGUCUUUGUGCCCGGGGCUUGUGCUGGGGGAUCUACUUGUGAAAACCGUACACCAUGAAAAUGCUUCCCGGUGUGGGGGUGUUUGGGACUGGGAGCACUGCUCGGGUGCUGGUUCCUCUGCUGCGGGCAGAAGGCUUCGCCAUCGAGGCCCUCUGGGGGAAGACUGAAGAGGAAGCAAAGCAACUUGCUGAGGAAAUGAACAUUUCCUUCUACACCAGCCGGACAGAUGAUGUUUUGCUGCAUCAGGAUGUGGACCUGGUUUGCAUCAACAUCCCCCCACCGUUGACACGGCAAAUUGCCGUGAAAGCUCUAGGUAUCGGAAAGAAUGUCAUCUGUGAGAAAGCCGCUACCUCGGUGGAUACCUUCAGGAUGGUGACAGCUGCCAGAUACUACCCCAAACUCAUGAGCAUCGUAGGCAACGUCCUACGUUUUCUGCCAGCUUUCGUCAAAAUGAAGCGAUUGAUAGAAGAGAACUAUGUGGGCGACAUCCUGAUCUGCGACGUUCGCGUGUACUGGGGCAGCCUUCUCAGCCACAAGUACAACUGGAUCUGUGACGAGCUGAUGGGCGGGGGCGGCCUGCACACCAUGGGAACGUACAUAAUCGACCUCCUCACUCACUUGACAGGCCGGAAGGCAGAGAAAGUCCACGGCCUGCUGAAAACUUUUGUGAAGCAGAACUCCACCAUCAACGGGAUCCGCCACGUCACCAGUGACGACUUCUGCUUUUUCCAGAUGCUGAUGACGGGAGGCAUCUGCAGUACAGUGACCCUUAACUUCAACAUGCCCGGAUCGUUCGUCCACGAGGUCAUGAUUGUCGGGUCUGCAGGGCGCCUGGUCGCCCGAGGGACGGAUCUGUACGGCCAGAAGAACGCUGCUGUCCAGGAGGAGCUCCUGUUUGCAGACUCUCUGGACAUCCGUGCAGGGCUUUCGGAAAAAGGAUUCAAGGACAUACCUGUGCUGUACCUCAAAGGAAUGGUGUACUUGGUGCAAGCGCUGCGUCAGUCGUUCCAGGAGCAGGAGGACCAGCGGACCUGGGAUCCCAAGCCCGUUGUGAUGGCGGCUUCUUUUGAAGAUGGCCUCUACAUGCAGAGCGUAGUAGAUGCCAUUAAGAAAUCCAGCCGGUCUGGGGAGUGGGAAUCUGUGGAAAUCAUGACUGAGGAGCCAGAUGCCAAUCAAAACCUCUGUGAGGCACUUCAGAGAAAUAACCUAUAAUGAGAAAAGUUUUUGGAGAGCUGGACAGUUGGAGCAAAUGGGCAGAAAACUUUCCAAGAUGGAUGCUUUUUGGGGUGUUGGGAGGGAAAGGUAAUGGGGAGUUAUACUUGUGGGUAAAAGCCUCUUAAGGAAAUACUUUUGUUUUUAAACUCAUUCAGAGAGUUUUAAAUAUUGCCGGUUUGUGUUUGUAUGUUUGGUUGUUUUAACGCUAAACCUUCUGAGUUACGUAUUGUUAGGAAAACUUGAAUUGCCCUUUGCACUCAGCAGCAGCUAAAACAAGUGUGGGGUCUUUGCCAGUGGGGCAGGUUUUAUGUCCCUUCUAUGCACAGCUUUGGCAUAGAACCAGUUUAACAUGAUAGCACUUAGCACUAGAGAAGGCCAUUUUUAAUAGGAACACAAGUUAAAUCUCUUAGGAUUGCUCUCUUGACAGGAGGAAAAAGAAAAACUUUCUGGAGUGGAUGUGAUUAAGCGAGUCUUUACAUUUGGUCAGCACAGGGGACAGAUUUCAGUCUCUGACAUCCGGUUUGAAUGUUUUGAAUUUACACUGUGUGAGUGAGACUGCUCUUUGACAGUAGCCACUCUGUCCCUGUUGCUAUACCCUUUUCCACCAAAAGAAAUUAGGAGAUGUGCGAUUAAACUGCCAUGUCUUCCUGGACCUUUUUCGUAGUGGAAUUCUCCCCAGGGGUGCUAGCACUUGCCGUUCCCCCCUCACUUCUGAUUCUCCAAUAGCGCUUAUAAUAUUAUUUAAGCACAGCUUUCCUCCAGAUCAUUAUUUCUUGCACUAGUAAACAUAGAACUUUGAAAAAAUAGCAUUUAUAUUGCCCUGGAUGGAUAAAAGCAAGGCUUCUCUAUUGUUGCGCCUUCCAUUUUCCUCCAUGUUCACCGGGCCCCAUGCUUCUAUGGGGAGGAAGAUGGCAGGUGCAACUAUAGAGAAAAGUAAGUUUUCCUACUAGCCAUCCGGGGCAAUAUAAAUGUUACUUUUUCAAUUAUCAUUAGUGCCUGGAAUAAUGAUUUGGACAAAAGCAACUCUUAAAGAACAUUUCAAAUGCUAUCGGAGAAUCUGCACUACCUUAAAGUGCAGAGAGACGCUGCUGCAGUUUCCGCUGCAGCACACACGACUGCACUUCUUUCUGUGGGAAAGGGUACAGAAGACCUUGAGUACUGUGCCAACUGCAGCUGCUGCUUGCGUAUAUCAGAUUGAGGCCGGUAGGCCUCUCGCACUUCUUCUCCCCCAUUUCUUUCGUGCCCUGUUCAGUGCCGCCAAGCAAACCCCAUCCACGAUUUUCCUCUGGUGAAGCUUGCUUGGAAGCACAGAGGCCAACCCCGCAGCCCGUGUUGCUAGUCUGAUCACUGGCUUGUCCAGUGUUUUAUCAGGCUGUGUAAUGAGGCAGGCUUUCAUCUGUCAAGGGAUGAAAGGGAAUCUUUGCUUUAUUUAGCCAUGGGCUGGUAGAAAUUAUAACUGUUUGCUUGGAGGCAUUAAGGCUGGAAAUGGUUUUGGUUAGGCAAGGGGAUUUAAUCAAACACUGGAUGUUCCUCUUCCCACUUCUAUUCUGUGGGAAUCCUGGUGCUGCUUGCCGGACAAAUCUUAACGUUCAUCUACCAGGUCUUCUGAGCAGCUGUCCUUAGCUGGGCCGAACUUGAGAAGCAGUAGCUAAUUUUUUGUAUGAGAUAUAUUGUUUACUUGAAUGUUUUUAUGGUUUCCUACUAGAUUUUAAUUCUGUACCUUAAUAUAAAGCAUUAACAAACAAC